GCCUUAGUUUAUUGCUAAAAACACAACUUAAAACAAAAGAUUUUAACUAGAAAUCAUAAAUGGGACAGCCACAAAGCAAACCAAGCAAACCAAGGUUUCCUCAACCAGGGGAUCACAUCUACUGUGAAAGAAAGGGAGGUCUCUAUGAUCACCAUGGAAUAUAUGUGGGGGACGACAUGGUGAUUCAUCUCCGGGGAGCAGCCAAGAAACUUGGGGAGCUACCUGCAUGCCAUAAAUGUGGAGACAAGCGAGUCGAAAAUGGUGAAAUAGCAAAAGUAUGCAUAGAUUGUUUCCUUGAUGGUGCAACGCUCCAGAUCUUUGACUAUGGAGUUCCCCUUUUAGAGUUCAUUGCAAGAAAACGUGGUACUUGCUGCCAACACGAUUCCAAGCCUCCCCAUGAAGUUAUUAGCACCGCAACUGAUUUACUUGAACGGAAUGGGUUUGGCCCCUACGACAUGCUUACUAACAACUGUGAGCACUUCGCUGUGUAUUGCAAAACAGGCUCUGCCGCAAGUUACCAGAUUGCACACCAUAUUGAAGGAGUUAUUGCUACUGGUCCCGCUGGUAUGCUUGCUGGGGCUACUGUUGCGGUAGCUUGUGGUGUUUCGAAAGGCGUUAGGAAAACAUCAAGCUCCUGGUAACUUCUGCCUGCAACUCAUUCACGGGACUUCAAUUACAUCUUACUUAUAAGUAUGAACCAUGUUAAGAAGAUCUCAUAUCCCAAUAAACUUAAAAGUCAAAGCCAACUAGUGCUGAUAUUCACCUAUAUGCAAAUAUGAAUUAUUUAGCAUCUUUUUUUUUUAUAUAAAUACUAAAAAUAUUAUGAGGGUAGAAA